CUGUAUGUUCGGCAAUCUCCGGAGAGCUGAGGGGAGGAGCAGACACAUGGCUGUCCAGGACACAGAAAAAUCCCUUACACUGGAGCUGUUCAUUUGCAAUGCUGGGAAUAUGAAUAGUACCGCCCUCCAGUAACCAAGCCCUUCUGCUGUUCACUGCUGGAUACAUGGCUGGCACUGUUCCUGAUCCGUGCUGGAGGCUGAUGGUGCUGCUGCUGGAUGCAUCGAUAGUGCCAGGUGCAUGAAGCAGGUGUGAUGUAUUCCAUGGAUGACUUGCACUGCCCAUGUUCUGAAACCCUGUUGGCUGAUAGCUGUUGUUUCCUGCAUACUGGAGCUGUCUAUACCUCAGGUGCUGAAGAUAAUAUUAAUUGAUGAUUUUAUUGGUCGCUGUCCACCUCACAGGUGCUGAAGACAAUCCCAUUCAUGACUUAUAAUGGGUGCUGGUUCUGAAGAUUUAAAUGGUCGCUGUCCACACCAUUGGUGCUGAAGGUAACCUGCUGAUGUCCUAUGCUGCUCAGGGCUGAACACAUCAAUACUGUCCACGUCCAAGGUGCUGAACCCAUGCCAGGCUCAUCCCAGCACCCCGCCCCUGCCACAAGGACGACUGGAGCACCCAGUGUAAGAAGCAAGCUGAACUGAAAUCCUGCUAUCUCCCAACAGGCCCCGAUUUCAGCAUCAUCCCACACGUUAUCCAUUGGAACAAAGCAAUGGAUUUACAGGGAAUACAGCCACCUUCAAAGACAACUGGAUACCACCCAGAACUGACUGCUGUCCACACAUGGUAACCUGAUGCAGUUUGCGAGCUGAGGGCAGAUAGGGAAAAGGAUGUGAGAGUCAGGCUGCUUGGGGAGGGGUCGGAUGAGCACUGAUAACCUGCUAUAAUGUCUUAUUGUAAAGGGCUGUUGUCUCGGGGGCUGCUUAUCUUAGUCUUGCUGGGCUUGGUUACAGGGCAGCUUAGAUACUCAGUGAGGGAGGAGUUGAAUCAUGGGGCGUUUGUAGGGAACGUGGUUAGUGACCUGGGUCUGGACCUUAAGCAGCUUCCCUCCCGGGGCUUUAGGAUCACAUCUGGAAACAGCAAGCAGUACUUUGAUGUGAACCUUGGUAAUGGAGUGUUAUUUGUCAAUAGAACUAUAGAUCGUGAAACACUGUGUGAGCCCACCACCCAAUGUGUGAUCAGUCUGGGGGCUGUCAUAGAAAACCCUGUAGAGGUUCACAAUAUUGAGAUAGAGAUAUUAGACAUAAAUGAUCAUGCUCCUAAAUUUCCUAGAAAUGAUUACUAUCUAGAGAUAAGUGAGUCAGCUGUCCCUGGUGCAAGAUUUCCUGUUGAAAGUGCACAGGACCCUGAUAUAGGCACCAAUUCCAUUCAGACUUACAAGUUAAGUGACAAUGAUUACUUUGCACUUGAUCUAAAGACUUUCAAUGGCAACAGCAAGCUUAUAGAGAUUGUGUUGAAGAAAGCUUUAGACAGGGAACAAAGUGCUGUCCAUAAGCUGGUUCUCACAGCAAUAGAUGGAGGCAGCCCUUCAAAAUCUGGAACAGCCCAGAUUUCCAUACAGGUGAUGGACACAAAUGACAACACUCCAUUUUUCGAUAAGUCAACCUACAAGGCCAGUCUGCUUGAGAAUUCUCCAGCUGGGACCUUAGUAGUUAAGUUAAAUGCCACAGAUCCAGAUGAAGGGUCCAAUGGGGAAGUUACCUACUUAUUUAGUAGUUACACACCCCUGAAAGUAAGAGAGUUAUUUAGUAUUGAACCAAGAACUGGAGAAGUGAGAGUGAAUGGUGUUUUAGACUAUGAAAAGUCAUCAUCCUAUGAGCUUUAUAUCCAAGCCAUCGAUAAGGGUCCAGUCCCCAUGACUGGGCAUUGCAAAGUGUUGGUUGAGAUGAUUGAUGGCAAUGAUAAUGCCCCAGAGAUAGUGGUGACUUCUAAUUAUUCUCCAAUUGCUGAAAAUUCACAACUAGACACAGUUGUGGCUUUGAUGAGUGUAACAGAUAAGGAUUCGGGGGACAAUAAACUGGUUAGUCUAACCAUACAGCCAAACCUGCCAUUUAAACUGAACUCAUUCAAAAACACCUACAAGCUCUUAACUGAUGGUAGACUAGACCGUGAAAAGUGCUCUUCUUAUAAUAUUACAAUAACUGCUACAGAUGCUGGUGUUCCACCUUUGUUGUCUCAGAAAACACUGUAUGUGCAAAUCUCAGAUGUGAAUGACAACCCUCCAGUCUUUGAGGAGUCAUCUUACUCUUUCUAUGUACAGGAAAACAAUGCUCCAGGUGUUUCACUUUUCUCUGUUAAAGCCAUAGAUGCAGAUGCCAAUGAGAAUGCAUUUGUAUCAUAUUUACUUCUCCAAGGGGAUGUUGAAGGAAUUCCAGUUUCCUCUUAUGUUUCCAUUAAAUCUGACAAUGGUACUAUAUAUGCUGCACAGUCAUUUGACUAUGAAAAACUUAGAGAAUUUCGCUUUGUCGUUCAGGCACAAGAUGCUGGCAAUCCUCCACUUAGCAGCUCUGCAACUGUAACUGUUUUUGUUUUAGAUCAAAAUGAUCAUGCCCCAACAAUUUUGUAUCCCGCACCUUCCAGUAGUACAAGAUCUAUUGAGAUGAUCCCACGUGCAGCAGGGGUUGACUAUCUUGUCACAAAAAUCAUUGCGGUCGAUGCUGAUUCGGGACAAAAUGCAUGGCUGUGUUAUAGUUUGGGCAAGGCCACCGAUCCAAAACUUUUUAAAGUUUUUUUACAUACAGGAGAAAUAAGGACUACAAGGAAAGUUGCAGAUGACAGUAUUACCAGCUACAAUAUAACAGUUAUUGUAAAAGAUAAUGGGGAGCCACCUCUUUCUUCAUCUACCACUGUAAGCAUUGCUGUGGUGGACAGGAUAUCCAAAAUUGUCCCUGACUCCCAACGGCAUGUAAAAAACAACACAAGCUAUUCCGAAAUGACUAUUUAUUUGAUUAUUGCUUUAUGCUCGAUUUCCUUUGUAUUCCUUUUAACUCUACUAAUAAUUUUUAUUCUAAAAUGCUGCAAGUGUAAUGGCAGCGCUGAUCCCUGUUGUGCAUGUUGCUGUGGUGUUCCCAAUCAGAACCCUACAGAGAUGUACAAACAAGCAAACAAUAACAUUGAAACUAGGCUGCCAGCCGGAUUACAAGUGCAACCUCAUUUUAUUGAAGUGAGAGGAAAUGGAUCACUUACUAAGACUUACUGCUACAAGGCCUGUAUGACUGCAGGAUCUGGAAGUGACACUUUUAUGUUUUAUAACACUGGGAUUCCAGUAGGGACAGGUCCACAGGCUCUGAUCGCAGACAGAAAUCUGAAAAGACUAAGUGGACAAAGUUUUCAAAACUUAAUCAUCUUAAAAAGUGAAACAACUACUCCUGUUGAGCCAAAACAUCCUAACCCAGACUGGCGUUACUCUGCAUCACUAAAAGCUGCAAUGCAGGGUGCUGUACAUAUGGAAGGAGCAGCAGUCUUACGUGGCGCAGCGGUAGGACUCGAACAACAGUGGCCAACGGUUUCCAGUGCAACACCAGAACCAGAAGGAGGAGAAGUGUCUCCCCCUGUAGGAGCUGGUGUGAAUUGCAACAGCUGGACCUUCAAAUAUGGACCUGGCAAUCAAAAACAACCAGUACCACAAAUACCACCAGAUUUUCCGGAGAAUUUUAUUAUCCCAGGAUCUCCAGCCAUCAUUUCAAUCCGCCAGGAUCAACCACCAGCCCCAGGUCAUAAAAGUAACUUCAUAACAUUUGGUAAAAAGGAGGAAACUAAGAAGAAAAAGAAGAAGAAGAAGGGAAACAAGAAUCAAGAAAAGGGAAAUAAUCCUACUGACAACAAUGAUCAAUGAAAGGAGAGUGAAGCCAAUUCUUAUCCCAUUUUUGUAAGAAAUAAUGUAGCAACAAAGUAAAAUUCUUCCUAUUGUUAAUGCACCUUCCUAUGAACAAAAAGACUGCAACAUUCAAGCCUGAAAAUAUAUACAUAUAUGUCUAUAUUAUUUACCAGAUUAUGUCUUAAAGCUUUAUUAUGUCAAAUGUUUAACCAUACGACACUCAGCUGUUGUCUCUCACAUCCAAAGAACACAGUGGCAGUUUGUGCAUAUAUUCUAGUAGGUGACUGUUAAGGCCAAUGUCUCUGUAAAUAGUUACUGUGUAUUGUACAGAAAAUGCAUUAUAUCCUGCUAGUCCUUAAAGAAGAUGUAAGUAUGGAUUUCAGCCACUAAGAAGUGGUCAGUCUGAGCAGAAAUAAAGUAAUACAGAGGAAAAUCCUUAAGAAAAUAGGCCAACUAAAACCAUUACAAAUAUUGAAAUAUCUUGUCUAAAAUUGUCAUUGUUGUCCAUUUAAACUUUAGUAUAUUAAUAACCAUGAUCAUUGACACUAUACUCUAAAGACAUUUAAAAAAAUGUGAACCUAUUAAAUUUAAUUAAAUUCCUCAGGAAACAAGAUAGUAAGUCUACUGUGUGCCCAUAUUACACCUGUAUAUAGAAAUUGUGUAAAACUAUGGCGAGCUAUAAGAUAAAAAAAUAUAUAUAUAAAUAUAUAAAUAAAAUAAAAAUUCAUAACAACAUAACAAUACCUUAGUAUUUAGCUCAUAUUUGAAUAGCUUAUUGAACAAUACUGUAUGUUAGGUUAGAGCAAAAUGAUGUCCUACCUUGUGCUCUGAGAAAGUGGGUUUAGAUGGAAUGCAAGUCCCAUGAUUCAGUUUUGCUUAAUUUGUGUCACUUAAAAAAUACUCGGUUCACAUUUUUAUUUUAAAAUAUAUACAAUGCAUUUGUCAGAUAUGUCUCUGGUAUGUGUGCUGACUCUGGAUUUUCAGUGUAUAUUCACAGAUCCAAAUAUUGCCUAUUUUUAUCCUUUAUUGAUGUAUUUUUUGUAAGAUCCCUAGUUGAAUACACUUUUCAAUACAGAGAAAAAGUAUUCUGAUUAAUGUUUUGCCAUCCUUCAGGGAUGACCGACAUGUCAUAUGCUGGUCUAAAGUAAUCCAAGCGCAUGUGAGUUUACUCCAUGUGCAGCCUCAAAAAUCUAUGCCAGCCCAGAGUUGGCAUAGAUUUCCACUGCAAUUUACACCUGCUACCAGGUGUAAAUUGUAGCAAUUUCAAAUUUGGGCUAUCAAGCCCCCUCUAUCAUAAGACCAGCUCACUUGGUAAGCAUGGUGGAGAGUGUCAAAAAUGUGCAACAUUUUAGCAAAAAGCGUGUGCUUGUCCAAAAAUUAUGCCACGGUUUCCAUAUAAUUGCCCCCCCUCCAAUGUCUCCUGAGUACCUUAUGCUUAGUGAGAAUAUUUUGAGAGUAUUUUCCAUCCUAUACUCUGAACAAGCAAAAAACAGGCAAAAAACUAAGUGUCAACAAAGAAUCAUUGGGAAUGUCCCAUUGUUUGUGUGCACCAGUAUUGAUGUCUACUGAAUACACAUAUUACCAAAAGUUGUCACAACCAUUGUACUUAUGAAAGCAUUGCUAUUCUAUAUUCCAAAGCAAGAGUACUAGCCAAGUGAAUGGAGAUACAUUUUCAUGAAGUGUAUGGAAAUAAAUCUUCAGAAUACAUUGUGCUGAACAUCAGUUUGACAAAAUUAGGUUUUGUAUUAAUCUAUGAAAAAUAACCAAGGUAUUUCUUAUAGUUAGAUAAGUCCCAAAUCCAAGCCUACACCUCUGCUUCUUAAUAUAUUUUCUCUAAUUUGUAAAAACAAUGGAAUAUGUGUACAGUGUUGGUUAUUUGUAUCUUGUAAAUGCUAAAGUUCCAUACAAUAAUUUUUCUAUUGCCCAUUUCAAGUGCAUUACUCUCUAAAUACCAUUUACCUUGUUGUGCUCAUUUAUUACAGGAAGUGGUCAGACAACUACCGAUCGAUAGGUGGUUAUUUCUUAUUCUAGGAAUAUCCCUUUCAAGGCACAUUGGUGUAAUGGGUGUGAGUUUUCCAACCCCAUAGUUUUGGUUACCCUGUUGUAUUUAAAAUGCUAUAAAAAUUAUUUAAACUUUUAAUUUAAUUUUAAGGUACAUUUAUUUAUUAUUCAAACAAUGUACCUAAAUUAGUUUAUAAACACUAAACCUUACAUUACAAUAUAUCUCAUGAUUUGUCCCUUAAGUGAGCUGACAUUACACUUGUGAUAUGUUAGUGGAUUGGAUGAAAAUAACAGACCUCCCAAAUAUGCCCAAAGAAGGUUGCUUUAUGGCUUCAUCGACAUCACUCUUUGAGCUAUAGGAUUGCCCAAUGAAACAGCUAAUUUACUUUAACAUGUCUACAGUAAAUGUCAAAAAAUCUUAAAAAUUGAUCAUCCAUGGAAGAACUGCAAACAUGUAAAACACAACUAUGUUCUUUAUAUACAACAAACAUGUUCAGUUUAAGUAGUGCUUUCCUUUUUUGUUAGAUGUUUUCAACCCAGUAAACCAAAACUACAAGUAAAAGCUUAUAUAUGCUAAAAAGGCAUGUUGUGCCAUUCACAUUAACUGUAUAUUAAAGCCUCUCUUUUACCUUAGGUGACUUCAUAUACUAAAUGUUUGUGGCUUUGCUGUGUUCCUCAGAAAAACGUAUUGAUAGAUGUCAAACCAAUGUUAUAUUCUUGCAUAAAAUAAAAUACAAUAAAAAACUAAAAUAGUGAGUGAGGAAAUGCACAGAAAAAAAUAAUUUCCUUUAAUAAGGAGAAUUGUUUUUCAAAUAAAACUUUUGUACAAUAUACUGUAUAUUUGUGAAUGAUAUAAAUAAGUCUUUUAUGAAGGCUGGCUUGUUUUCCAGUUACACUUUCACAAUAAUCACAACAUUUCCUAAAUCACGUGUAUUGUAUUGUUCACUCAACAUCACUUUACUUCUAUCAGAUCACCAUGUGGCCAACCUUUGCAUGUGUUAAUGAUAUAUUAAAAUAAAAGUUAAAAAUAAAAAAAUACUGUAAAUUUGCACACUAGUACACUAUUAUAACUGGAAUCUUAACUUCAUUGAUGUCUGAAAACUGUUCAUAAUAUGAAGGUCUCACCUAUAUACUUACAGAUUACAUAAUCUGUAUAUAAUGAUAUUACAACUUUUUUGCGGGUUGCUGCAUCCUACACAUGGGUUUGGUUUCAUUUUUACCUUUCUUAUAAAAAUACAUGAACUGCCCAUUGUAUCACACUGCAAAUAAAACAUAUGCCCUAUGCUCCUAAGAAAGCCCAACAUAUAUUUAUUCUGUGCUUGUGUAUGUGAAUGCAAAACACUACUAUCAGUUAUAGUUAACUGUUGAAUGUAAAUUCAUAUAUUUAUUUCUUUUUGUAUACUUGUGGAAAGGUGAAGUAGUAUUGAUUUUUAAUUAACUGAUGUUCAUCUUUUUGAUUUCAAAUUACGCAGUAAAAUCUUUCUUAAUUCAA